AUGAGUAGCAUACUGGUGAUCGGCGGGACGGGGAACAUCGGGCAGCACCUCGUGACGGCGAGCCUCGACGCCGGCCACCCGACGGCCGUGCUCGUCCGCCCGACCACCGUCGCCUACGACUCCGGAAGGGCCAGGCUCUUGAAGGCUCUUAAGGCCCGCGGGGCCACCCUUGUCUACGUACUUAAUUUGGGGCGUGCGCCGGGGGACAUGAACGACCGUGGCAGCUUGGUGACGGCGAUCAAAGAGCAUGGGGAGGUGGUGAUCUGUGCCGUUGGACACGGCAGAUCGGAGGAGCUGGACGGCCAGCUAACAUCAUCCAAGCCGUAA